GAAGGAAUAUAAAGUAUCGAAAUAGGAUUGGGGCAGAGGUGAAAAUUGUAACCUCGAAUUUCACAUUUUCUUUCACACAUUUCUUCGUACACUUUCCGGUCAUGGCAUCGCCGAAGAAGCCACCAACAGAAUCCGACCGACCACCGACAGCCAUCAUGCACCAACCGGCUUCCCCUCGCUUCCCGCCGGGAACACCUACAUCCGGUGCUAAUCGGAAGAUCGCAAUCGCCGUCGAUCUCAGUGACGAAAGCGCUUACGCCGUGAAAUGGGCAGUAGAGAAUUACCUCCGUCCAGGUGACGCCGUCAUUCUUCUCCACGUCCGCCCUACAUCCGUCCUCUACGGAGCUGAUUGGGGCGCUAUAGACGUCUCUAUCGACACAACGGAUGAGAAAUCGAAGCAGAAACUGGAAGAAGAUUUCGACAACUUUACAAGUACGAAAUCUAAUGAUUUGGCGCAGCCGCUUGUUGAUGCCAACAUUCCGUUCAAGAUUCGUAUUGUGAAGGAUCAUGAUAUGAAGGAGAGGCUUUGUUUGGAAAUUGAGAGGUUGGGUUUGAGUGCUGUGAUCAUGGGUAGUCGAGGGUUUGGGGCAUCGAGGCGAAGCACGGAGGGAAGGCUUGGGAGUGUCAGUGAUUAUUGUGUUCGUCAUUGUGUUUGCCCUGUUAUUGUGGUGAGAUAUCCUGAUGAUAAAGAUGGUGUUCCUGAUGAUGAUGAUAGUUUGGGUAAUGAUGGCUCAGCUAAAAAAGCAGCAAAGGCGAAUGAGGUGCUUCAUCCGGUGCCUGAGGAGGAUUCCCUUUAUCACGAUGCGUCGGACAAAGCCACAGAUACGGAGAAGGCUUCUUGAAUAGUGAAGACGGGUGUGCAUGUUUCAAUACUGACAAAAAAGGGCCUUCAAUGGUGUUGACCGCGCUAGUGAGAAAUGAAUUUGGUGGUUCUCUGUGCCUUCUUUCCGCUAAUUAUCCUCUGCUGUAAUCAAGUUUGUGAAGUCUGGAACAAGUGAUAUUGUUCAUGAGCUACUCCUUUGUCUCUCUUUCUUUUUCAUUUUCCUUUUCUCUUUUGGAGGCGCGGAGGUGUUGUUUUAGUUUUUUGAAUUGCCUGCCUGUUUUCUAUGUGCGAUAAACCCCUUUUCUGGAGCUGUUAUAUAAUUUUUAUGGUUCUUGGUUGAUUGCAUUGAUA